CGGCGGUGGCGGGGGAACGGGCGCGCACGGCGCUCUGCGGGCUCGGCGGCCGUGAGAGUCCCGGCCUGAGGCUCGCUCCCGCGCAGCGCUGAGCCAGGCCGCCGCCGGGAUGCAGUGGGCCGUGGGCCGGCGGUGGGCGUGGGCCGCGCUGCUCCUGGCCGCCGCGGCCGUGCUGGCCCAGGUGGGCCGGCUCUGGCUGGGCACUCAGAACUUCGUCUUCCAGCGCGAAGAGAUCGCGCAGCUGGCGCGGCAGUAUGCGGGGCUGGACCACGAGCUGGCCUUCUCUCGGCUGAUCGUGGAGUUGCGGCGCCUGCACCCAGGCCACGUGCUGCCCGACGAGGAGCUGCAGUGGGUGUUCGUGAACGCGGGCGGCUGGAUGGGCGCCAUGUGCCUUCUGCACGCCUCGCUGUCCGAGUACGUGCUGCUCUUCGGUACCGCCCUGGGCUCUGGCGGCCACUCGGGACGCUAUUGGGCUGAGAUCUCGGACACCAUCAUCUCUGGCACCUUCCACCAGUGGAGAGAGGGCACUACCAAAAGUGAGGUCUUCUACCCAGGGGAGACAGUGGUGCACGGGCCUGGUGAGGCAACAGCUGUGGAGUGGGGGCCAAACACGUGGAUGGUGGAGUACGGCCGGGGUGUCAUCCCAUCCACCCUGGCCUUUGCACUGGCGGACACAAUCUUCAGCACCCAGGACUUCCUCACCCUCUUCUAUACUCUUCGCGCCUAUGCCCGGGGCCUCCGGCUUGAGCUCACCACCUACCUCUUCGGCCAGGACCCCUGACCAGCCAAGCCUGAAAGAGGACCUGUGGAUGAACAGGAGCAGGCAGGCCCAUACACAGCCACUUGCUGGAGCCCAUGUGAGAAGACAAGGACAUACUCACAACUUGCAGAUACUGAGUUCCUGGUGUACGAGCAGGGACA